AUGGCUGAGGAUUUAGUGACUGGUCCUGCCCCGUGUAAUGCUUCUUCUGGUUGGCUUGCUAUCACAUUGUACACCGGCUCACCACCAGGAACUGAAGCUCCGUACACAAAGGAAGCAACAACGCCAUUGCUGGACUGUGAAAGUGUCGCACCUCCUGUUGUCGUUGAGGCCUGGACUAACGCUACGGUCAACGUGCCUGGUCACUUUAUGAUUGAGAAUUUUAGGUUUGAUCAAGAUAUAACCAUAGCAACAAGCCCGGGUCGGGCUUAUUUGUGCGUCAGCAGCGGUUGUAUGCUCUCAAUGCCUACCCAGGUACAUUGGUACGUACGAUUUCCAGCUCCUGACACACUGCAACUUCUACUAAGGGAUCGACUGUAUGGUCAGAUGUCCCUGCCCGUUGGAACGGAAUAUCAUUUCAUACUUGGUGAAGGUGCAGUGAAAGGCCCAGCACCAUGCUAUGUACCAUCUGCUGCUCUCAAUGAUCCAUACCUUAGUAGAGCAGUGUACGGUGGUGUACCACAUGCAACCGAUGGGGCCCAAAUAUACACCACUCCAGUGCACUGGGAUUGGACCAUAUCAUCGGAAUCUGACAACCCUACCAGACAGCCGACAGAAUUCACAACAGAGGAGAUUGUAGGGGCUAGCCACCAGCCAGAAAUGACUAAACCACCCCUAUCGUUGUCAGUGGACUGCUCUGACUCUGGCAUGAUGAUUUUCAUUCCCCGCUCUAUGAUCGGUGAUGCCCUGGCAACUCAUCUGCAUUUUCUGGACCCGGCUUGUGUCGGUAAUCGUCAUAACGCCACCCAUAUUACGAUUGCAACAACUUACGACGGAUGUGGGACUUUCAUGGAGGUUCGUGGAGACAAUGUGAUUUUUUUCAACGUCAUCCACGAUGAGGCUAUCCCUGUGGAACCAGGUAGUGUUAUAACCCGAGACCAAGAUAUCGAGAUUCCAGUCCAGUGCAUGAUGGACUUGGAAGGGAUCGCUGAAAUAAGUUUCCGUCCGGAUACCUCCAAGAUCACAUUCCGGGAGGAUGGCUACGGCUCCUUCAACUUCUCCCUCAGACUUUACCAUGGCAACGAUUACACCACACCCUACCAGCCUGUUGACUACCCCGUCCACGUCGCAAUGGGAAACAAACUCUACUUCGAGGCUCGAACUUGGAGUGAGCCUGGACUGGAGCUGUUUGUGCAGACGUGUCGCGCCACGCCUACCUCCAACUCGGAUGAUUUUCAUCGUUACACUUUCAUCCAAGAUGGGUGCAUCGAGGACAGCACAGUGAUCUUCCAUCCAUCAUACGACCCGGACGUAGAACGUUUUGAGAUUGAUGCCUUCGCAUUCGUAGAUACCCUACCUCAGCCGGUGGUGUACGUCCAUUGUGACAUGGUUCUGUGUAACUCCACUGAUGCAUCCUCGCGCUGUGCCAUUGGAUGUCCAACUAGAGGCAUGAACUUACUCCCCGGUGUGCACAGACGCCAUGCCAGAUCUGCGUCUGGUUCCCGCGCUUAUGCCAUCACGCAGGGACCCAUAUCCGUGAUGGAAGAUGGGGGGAAAGAAGGAAGUCAUAUGUCGUCUGUUCAGCUGCCAGUCCUUCUGACUACUGUCUGCCUAUUGGUUGGCUGCGUGCUGGUACUCGGCACACUGAUUGUCGUGAUGCGUAAAGGCACCCAACGCCUUCAACUGUACUCGCCACUGGCCACUGAAGAAAACAAGGCACAGGAACUGUCUACUAGUCUUAGUUCAUAAAAGGAAAUCAAUCCAUAUUUCUAAAAGAUUUAAGAGAAAUUGAGAACAAUUAAAGUAAAAAUCUAUUAUGCUGAUAGGCAUGGAUGAUAUUUAAUAGAAAUUGAUUUAAUGCAGUAAAAUUAAGUUGUCUUCAAUUUGAAUAGCUGUCGUAUUCCAAUAAAAGUAACUGGCUUACUAGAGUAGUAAUCACAUAUUUUUUCUUCAAGCUCAUAUGACAAAAUUAAUCAGUAACUAAAUUCUUUUUUUAUUUAGCUUUUUUCCCAUUUUUAUUCUUAUUGAGAACAAUUAAAGUAAAAAUCUUUUUUUCUGAUAGGCAUGGAUGAUAUAUAAUAGAAAUUGAUUUAAUGCAGUAAAAUUAAGUUGUCUUCAAUUUGAAUAGCUGUCGUAUUCCAAUAAAAGUAACUGGCUAAGUAGAGUAGUAAUCACAUAUUUUUUUCUUCAAGCUCAUUUGGCAAAACUAAUCAGUGACUAAAUUUCUUUUUUUAUUUAGCUUUUUCCCCAUUUUUAUUCUUAUUAGCAGUAGAAAAAUUGCUAAUUACCCGGAAAUUAAAGCAAAUGCCCUGCCGAUUCGAUGAGAAAAAAAAAGUAGCUCAAUUUGGUGCAUUGAGUGGGCAACGAUUUUUUAAUACCCCCUUAUGAAAAUGAAUGAAAUUUUUGCAUUAAUAUUAAAAAAAGUGAGAAAAAAAUGCUUUUUCUUAAUUAUCGUUUAACCAUAAUUUUUUUAAAUGCUUAUCACCCACGGCUAUCUCAAUGCCAAAUGCUUACAAAUUAAUAGAUAAAUAAAUCGUCGAAUUGAUGUUGUUGCAAA